AUUGAGGGAGGUCGUGGUUACCUCACUCAAUUUCGGCUUUUGUCUCCAAACCCUAAUUUGCUCCAUUUUUAUGACACACUAAGAGUUUUUCUGGGUUACUUGUUCUGUCAAAUUUCUGAAACCUGUUGUUCUUAAUGGGUUCGGAGAAUCAUAUAGUUGUGGAUGUUAGUUCAGACGAGGAGAUGGACAAAGACUACUUGAACUGGCUAAACAUGGCUAAAUCCGACAGCACCGAUGAAGUCGAGGUGGAAGGCAGCGUUGAUUCUCAGCUAAAUUCUUCGACUCGAGCAGCUUUGGAGGAUGAAGGAGACGAAGAUUGUGUGAUUUUGGACUGUGAUCCCGACAAGACAGGUGCUGCAGUUGAAGCUGAUGAUAAUGAUGACGAGGUGCUUGUAGUGGGGCAAAAGGGUGAGGUAGCGUGUAGAGAUUUCCCUCACCCCAGACACUCGUGUGCUAAGUACUCCUUCAACUCAACAUCACAUGAGAGUUACUGCGACAUGUGUCACUGUUAUGUGUGUGACAUCCCUGCUCCUUGUCCAUACUGGUGUGCCGCUGUCUCCAGCAUAGAUCAUUGUCAUGCUAAUGAUAAAGACAAGACAUGGAUGAAUCAACGCGAAUACUUCAGGACCCAACCGGCCCAUGCUACAGUGUCUCCGGCUCAGAGUAUCAUCCGGUUAUCCCUAAACCCUUGGCCAAGGAAUAAGAUUGAGAUCCGGCCUUGCUCAUCAUCAUCCAGCCGUGUUGCUAAUCUGUCAAACGUCAACAGAGGCAGGACUAGAGUCAGACAAUCAUUGAGCAUCCAAAAGGAUAGAAGUACUUAUAUAGGUAACUUAAGGUCUCGAGUGGCCUCUUCAGGAACUCGGCCCAAUGCUAAAGUUUCACGAUCCACUCCUUCCGUAGUGGCUCCAACAAUAAACCCACAAAUGUACACUCAACAACAACAACAACAACAACGCAAUUGUCAGCUCAACGUUGCUGAUUAUUGUCAGAGGAGCAAUGCAGAUCUGUUUCGUCUACCUGAGUGGGGUUCACAAGCAGAGACGGUUCAACAGCAACCGGCAACUAACGAAAACGUCUUGCAGACCAAACUGUCGGAAGUUGAGAGCUGGCUCGUGGACAGUUGUAACCAAGCCAGCCUGGUUAGCCCGUUACCUGAACCGGUAGCUCAAGACAAUGUGACAUUCGAUUUCGAAACCUUCCUUAAUGAUUGAAAUCAUUAAUGUAGUUUGUAUCUUCGUUAGGAAGCCAGCUUUUCGUAAGUAUUAUUGUAGGGUGAGUUUAGAUAAGUGAAAUCACCAUUAUUAGCUUGUUACAACUAAGACGUGUUAUCACUUAUCCCCUAUAUAUUAAUAUAUAUUAUUUGUGAAA